AGUGAGCGACUGCAUGCCUGCUUUCUGAGAUCACGGCGUUGUACUUGGCUUCAAGAUCCCGAUGGAAAGCGGUCAUUCACUGACGAGACCUGCAGCAUAAGACUAUUUCAGACAGGACACCAAGAGCUCAUUUUUGGACAUUGACUACACCCUUGUGGAAAAAUACAAGAGGUUUCUGGUUCUCCCAACCACUGGACAACAAGAGAGUUAAUACACAAUGAGCCAAGAACCUCAAAAUAAACAAGAAGGCCAGCCUUCCCACCUGAUCCCUUGGGCCAUUGCUAUUUUUUUCAUCUCACUCCUCAGUGCUUGUUUUAUUGCAAAUUGUUUGGUGACUCAUUACAGCUUUCUACACUGCAGGAGACGCAUGGGAAUGUUCAAGUUACCAGAGUAUUACAGGAAGAUAACAUGCACCAAAGAGGAAUCAAAACUGAAAGGAAGCACCUGGAAUUGCUGUCCUACUGGUUGGAGAUCCUUCCAGGACAGUUGCUAUUUACCUCUGAAUGACAACAAGACAUGGGCAAAGAGCGAGAGGAACUGCACGGACAUGGGGGCUCAUCUGGUCACCAUCACCUCAGAAGCUGAGCAGAACUUUAUUGUUCAAUUUUUGGAUAGACGGUUUUCAUAUUUCCUGGGACUUACAGAUGAGGACCAUGAAGGCCAGUGGUCCUGGGUGGACAAGACACCAUUUGACCCACAUAUUGUAUUCUGGCAUGAGGGUGAACCCAACAACUAUAAACAGAAUGAAAAUUGUGUUAUCCUUGUUAAUGUCCAAGACAAAUGGGCUUGGAAUGACUUUCCUUGUAACUUUGAGAGAAGAAGAAUUUGCAAGUUACCUGGAACAACAUUCAACUAGAAACCUCCAAAGGAGUCCUUAUGAUGGCAACAGAAAAGGGGAACCAAUUAGACCAGGGCAGAAUGUACCUGCACCAUUGGAGCAGAGAAAACAUGCUGAGAAAAUAGAACAUUUUUCAGUUACGAUGGCCUUACUUUUGUUUUAUUCAUUCAAGACAAUGUGCUUUUGUGUGGUUUGGUGGCCAGAAUCAUCUUUUCUGUGAGAAUCCAUUUUCAUGAACUUUGCUUUCUUGAUAGUGUAUCAAAGUAUUUCCUUUUCGAUUGGUGUGCAUUGAUUAUAUGUCAAACAGAAUGGCUCAAAUGAGGUGAUCUCUUGGUCAUUGUUCUCCUCUGCUCAAAUUCUUAGCUCUUAAAAUUCAAAGGCAGGGUAUUCCAACUGAUAGAGGCAUGCCACUUUUUUUUAAAUAUGACAAACCCUUUGAAGUUUUUAAACAACAUUCUUAUUGUUCAAUGUCUCGUUCCCAGACUUUUUAAUAGUAUCAGUCAUUAGAUUGACAUUCCAUGAGCAAAAUAUUUUCUGAACAGGAGUGUAGGAGUUCUGAAUCGUAGUAUUGCCAAGAUGGAAAAAAAAGAAAGUCUAUCUACCUUUAAAAACAUUUUCUUCUUACUCUACCUUAAAUGUCUUCCCAAAGCAGGGAGUCCCAAGCUGACUUAGUUUCUUUUCAAGCGGAUAAAUCCCUCAUAGGCCACCUUAACCAAACUGCCUUCAACUCUGUAGCUGAAGAAACUGAACUGAAGGCAAAGAGCUCACCUGGAACAUUGCUAGUUCAUGAAGAGAAACAGGACUGUGGCCCAGAACUACUUUUCAUGGGCGGCAAACUGUGUUGCCUUCGGUAUUACAGGAAAGUUACUGGGGUGACUUGGCCUCUUGACUAAUGGAUGAAAGUUCUAGCAUUGUAUUCGUGUUUCUACAUUUUCAAUUUGAGUCAG